AUGAUAUUACAAAGAGGUUAAUUUCACCGUUUCACAAAUUUUCACUUGAAAAAUUGAUUAAAUAAAUUAAUAGGUUUGAACUUUUAUAAUUUUAUUUUCGUAAUUCUUUCAAUUUUUAUAAAAUACACGUAUGAAGAUUUGCAAAUUAUUCAAUUGAUAAAUAAAAAUUUCAUAAUUAAAAUGCUAUACAAAGACAACUGAUAUUAGAAUAAAGUUUUGCUUUUCUUUAUGUCAGCAAUGAUGAAUAACAUACUGAGACUACGUUCUCUUACCAAGUAUUUUAAUAUUCGCCGAUAUUCAACAAAACAUGUAUUAGAUGCUGAAAAUAGACAAUUCUACGACGAUAUUUUCCCUACUAUUUACAAAGAAGAUAUAAAGAAAUUAUGGCAAAGUCCACCACAAUGCGUAUACGCUGGAUUUGAUCCAACGGCGGAUAGUUUACACAUAGGCCAUUUGUUAAUUCUUAUGAAUCUGUUAUAUUGGCAACGUCGUGGCCAUCGAGUGAUUAUCCUAUUAGGAGGUGCAACAGGCUUAAUCGGUGACCCAAGUUUUAGAGAAACAGAACGAAUUGAAAUGGAACAGGUUAUACUCAAUGAAAAUGUAGAAUCUAUAAAAGAUAAUAUUAUGAAUAUUAUUAGGAAUCACGCAGAAUAUUUCUGUAAAAACCAUCAACGUUUGACUCCUAUAAAAAUUUUGAAUAACAUAGAAUGGUAUGAAGAUACGAAUCUACUUCCAUUCGUUACGAAUAUUGGAAAGUAUUUUCGAAUGGGUACUAUGCUUGGUCGUACAUCUGUGCGAGAUAGAUUAGAAUCUAAAAGUGGAAUGAGUUUCACAGAAUUCACUUAUCCACUUCUUCAAGCGUAUGAUUGGCUUCAGUUACAGCGUAAAUAUAAUUGCUCGUUUCAAGUUGGUGGUCAAGAUCAAAUGGGGAAUAUAAUAUCUGGUUAUGAUUUAAUCACUAGAUGUACUAAAAGGCAAGUUUAUGGAUUGACGUUACCAUUAAUCACAGCUGAAGGUGGAAAAAAAUUUGGAAAAUCUACGGGCAAUGCAGUUUGGCUUUCCUCUGCGAGAUCUUCUUAUUUUCAACUGUAUCAGUACUUUGUUAGAGUAGAAGAUGCGAAUGUAGAAAAAUUUCUUUAUUUCUUUACGUUUCUCUCUACACGUAAAAUUAAAGAAAUUAUAGAAGAGCAUUUUAAGAGACCAGAACUGAGAAUGGCACAAAAAAUUCUAGCCGAGAAAGUUACAAUAUUGGUUCAUGGGGAAGAGGGAUUAGUUGCAGCAAAGAGGGCAUCUGCUGUUCUUUAUGACAAAUCUAUCGAUUCCUUAGCAAAAAUGCAAAUGAACGAUAUACUACAAAUAUUAGAAGGUGCUACUGUAGUAGAACUUCUUUCCGAGCCAGGCAUCAACAUUUACGAUUUAGCUAUGAAAGCAAAAUGUUUUAAAACGGAUCAUGAUGCAAGGAGAAUCAUCGCAGCUGGUGGUUUUUACAUUAAUAACCAAAAAAUUACAAAUUUGGGAGAAGUCAUUGUACCUGGGAUACAUAUAUUAAGUAAUAAUAUAUCAUUACUUAGAGUUGGAAAGAAGACUUAUCAUGUUGUACGC